CAGGGGAUAACAACACACAAAAUUUGCCAGCAGCAGUAGCAGUCUGAAGUCUCAGUAGUCAGUGAUCUCAUCUUCACUCGCGUGUUUAUAUUAUUAUACACGCGUAAAAAUGUUCUGCCAAAGUUUUUAAGCUCAGCGCGGUUAUUAAUGAACGUCCGGCCAAUCGAAUAGAUAAAUACUUAAAAACCGCUCAAAGAUAAUGAAAGAAUAAAUAGAGCCAAAGUGUGCUAUAAGCUGACAAAUAUUUUGGUCUUAUUAAAAGUACUGCUACGCUUGCACUGAGGCGUUCAACGCCGCGCAAGUCACGACCCUAAACCCGACGUUUAGCAGGCCGAAAAUAGGAGAGAAAGAGUGAAUAUAAUAGGUGUCUCGUGAGAAGAGCAGUACGAUUUUGAAGAGCAACGCACUUCUACAGCAUCAAUCAAUUAUGGAAGACGAAAUCGGUGACGGAUUAUGCGGUAUUCUGCAUAGGCUGUGGUCCAUCAAUAUAAACGAUGACGUUCAUCAAGAUGUUCGGUUUAUGAAACCAUAUACAACUGAUGGUACACCAAUUCGAAAGCUAUUUAUUGGCAAUAUAUCUCAGAGAACUUCUUGGAAAGAUCUGCAAAAAUUAUUUGCAGAAUAUGGCCCUGUUGAUGGCUGCUACGUUAAAAAAAAUCCUGGUAAAAGCAAUUAUGCUUUUGUAACUUUUUGCCACAAAGAGGAUGCUUUAAAAGCAGCAAAAGCUGGUCAUAUGAAAAAAAUUCAUCUCCACAACAGAGACUUGAGAGUCGUUCCAGCUGAUUCAUGGCAUCAACCAGACAGCAUUGAAAAUUUACAAAAAAAACAAGAAAAGGCAUCGAUGGCUGAGGCAGAAAUCAAAUAUGAUUUAAAUCCAGAUUGUUUAAUACAUGGCCUAAAUGAUGAUUGUUUAGUUCAUAUAUUCAGUUUUUUACCUAUUGUUGAUAGAGUAAGAAGUGAAAGAGUAUGCAGAAGAUGGCGAGUAUUAACACAAUAUUCGUGGCAUUCUUUCAAGCGAAUUGAUCUAUCUAAUUCAACCUGGGGUAUCAAUUCUGAGAUUCAUCCAAUAGAAGUUGAUACACCAAUUCUUAGAAAAGUUUUACUUCGAUGCGGUCGUUACUUAACUCACAUUGAUUUUUCUUCCUUUGGAAAAAAAUUAAGUAAAAGCACUCUAACAGUUAUUGGACAUUGCUGUUCAAAUCUUCAAUCAGUUGAUGUAACUGGUCUUGAUGUAUCUCCAGCUGGUGUCAAAGCAUUAGCUUCAAGUUGUGAACAGCUCACAGAAUUCAGUUUAGGACACUGUUCUUCUUCCUGUGACCCAGAUUUAUCAACUUUGUUUUCAAAAAAUAAAAAAUUAAAAAGUGUUAAACUCUCGCAAAAUGGUUCAACUGGUAAGUGCUUCCUCAGUUUGACCGGAGAAAGUUUGGAAGAACUUGUAGUGGAGAAAUGUCCUAAUAUAUCACCAUGUCAUUUUUCGAAGGCUAUACAAUCGUUUACCAAUUUGAAAACGCUAAUAAUCGAUAAAUGUGUUAGCUUUAAUGAUCAAGUUGUGAAAGCAAUAAGUACACAUGGAAAAAAUAUUUCAACUUUGAACUUGUGUGAUUAUUAUCCAAUGAUAAGCAAGGAAGUUAUGCCACAACUGGCAUCAUUAGAAAACUUAGAAGUACUUGAUAUAUCACAGAACUAUUUAGUUCAAAAUGAUUUUCUAAUUGCUAUCUCAGUUCAUUGCAAAUUGCUGAAAAAUGUAGAUAUCACAGCUUGUGAUAAAGUCGAUGACACAGGUCUAGCCAGUAUUUGUUCACUACCUUUGAUUGAACAUCUUACUGUAAGUUAUAUUGGAAAUAUAACAGAUGCAGUGUUAGUAAACAUGCCUCGAUUAAAAACCCUCGAAUGUCGGGGCUGUCCACUCAUAGGCAAUAAAGGUCUAGUUACACUUUUAGAAGAAUCACACAAUCUAUGGCUGAUAGAUUUAUCUGGCUGCAAUUUGAUUUCUAAUGAACUCAUUGACUCUGCUAUUGAAUCAACAAAAAGUAGAACUAACGGAGUGGUUUGCAAAAUGUACGUUGGCGGUACAAAAGUGACUGAAACAAAAAAAGUGUCUCCAUUUUUGCAAGUGCUUAACGUUGAUUUAUGCGAAUAUUAUAAGCGACCCGAUUUCGAUCACAAUCAGUACAAUUUCUUCCCGGACGAGAUGUACGAUUUGUAUGAUAUGGACGAUGAUUACGGCUUUGAUAAUUUUAAUGAAGAAUUCGAAGAAGAUUUCGAAUAUGAUGCGCUUUACUCUAUGGAUUUCCCAGAUUAUGAUAAUAUGUUUGAAUUUUACCAUGCCAAUGAAAGUGAUUUGGAUGAUUAACCAAACGAAUUAGUUUUUAAGUAUUAUUAAGUUGAAUAACACAACUGCUGUGAACACUCCUUUGAGAAAAUGUUAAAUAUUAAGAAUUGUUAUGAAGAAUCUAAAUAUGUAUCGAUUUCAUCAAUAUCGUGACAUUUUAAGUGAAAAUGACACUUUGCACGAAAUUUGAAGAUUAUUUAAAAUUUUCAAACUAAACGAUUUUGAAUGUUUUUUUUAUGAACAUAUUUAUGCAUAAAUCAAUACUUAAUUAUUUACUUGAGUGAUACGUUUUUGAAAUGUUAUGAAAGGUUUAUGAAGUGAAAUCAUGUAAUUAUUUUUUUUUUUAAGAGCACAAAGUCAAUUCAUAGUUAUAUUUAUUAUUUACUGUUAUUUAAAUACAUA